CAUUUUUUCACCCUACUACGAAACGUGCAAGAACAUUAUGAGGAAAAAUGGCAAAAACCAGUAGACAGUACAGUAGCUCUUUACUUCUUCCCAUCUUCAAAGCUCAAUCAUCACCAUUUUCCCAACACUUUUCACCUCCCCAAAACCCGUAACUUUCCCACAUUCUCUCUCCUCCAUAACAACCCAAAAAAAUGGGACUCAAAAAACGCACCAAAAAACCUACCCUCACCGACGUCGGAGACUCACCGCCGGUGGGCCCAUUUGUUGAGUUCCAGAACGGCGAAGACAACGCAUGGUACAGUGUUCAGCUCUUACUUCAUGGCGAGACUUUCAUCGUCAAGUUCACCGAAUUUCCCGACGAACAAGAUCAACACUAUCAUGUCAAAGAUUUCGACACUUACGACGAAAUUUCCAACUUCCGGCGAAGAUUCCGGCCGUUGAGUUUGCAGUUUGAAGCGUCGGAUUGUUUAAUGGUGAAAUUGGGUAUGAGGGUUUGUGCUCUUAGGUGUGGCGAUGAUGGUCGACGCUUUUACGACGCCAUUGUUGAAGCGGUGAAGCGUGAAGAGCAUACUAUAGUGGAUGGAACAGAGGAUUGUUCAUGCUCUAUUGUUCUUUCAUGGCUUCAUGGCCCAGACACUGGAAAACUGACACUAGCUAGUGUUAAAGACCUUUGUCCAAUCCGAUCUCAAAAACAGCUUGAUCCUAGACUUGGUUGCUUUUUGGAACUAGCCAAGUGGAAGCAUGGAAUAGUUUUACCUUGUUCUGAGUUGAUCACCGAAGAUAUAACAUGUCAGGAAGAAAGUCCCAACUCAUCGCCUUACAAACCUUGGAGUCUAAUUAAGAAAACAGAAGGCGGAAGACAAAUGAGAAGCUCAGUGCCAUGUGAUGAAGGAAAUCUUGGCAAUGAGAGGAAUGAAGAUGUAGAUUUAGGUGGAGGAGAUGAUGAUCAUGCUAAGGAAAGGCUAAAUGAUGAGAACUUUUUGUACUCUUUGGAGAAUUUAGUGAAGGAUGUGUGUUGCAUUGGUUUGGGAGGGAGAGAUGAUAUGGAGACUAAAAUAGCAAAUAAUGAAGAACGUUAUUUUGUUGUGGUUGAGAACUUAGAGAGGGAUGUAUCCCCUUCAACAAUUGUAGACUUUGUACAAGAAGCAACAGGUCUUAAAAUUGAAGCUUUUGUCUUAUUGAGUUUGUCCUCAGAGCCAUAUACCACGGGAGCGCUUGUUGUUGAUUGUGUUGACGAUCUUGAGAGGUUGUGUAAUUUUGUGGUUAAACCAGAGCAGAUGAUUGUAUCAUCAAAAGGAAGGCCUUGGAUUGUGUCUGAUUCAUCAGCAACUGAUUCGGUGAGACCUUCUUUUUGGUGCUUGGAACCAGAUCGAAAGAACGAAAGGCAUCAGUCAGCUGGUGAUUGGCUGAAAAUUGUUCACUUAGGAAGCGAGGAAUACAGCCAAGCGGAGAAGCUAAGGACACUAUAUUUGGACUUCGCAAACCAUCAACAGCAACUCUUCAAAAGGCUGGCUUUGGAGGAGCAACGCAUCUUGGACACACAAGUAUAAAGUACUAGUACUUUGUAGGAUCUUACAAACUACAUGCAGUAUUCUUGAUGGAAUAGCUGCUUAAUAUUUGUAACUAAGUGUUGUUUGCAAUGUGAAGUAUGCGAGUUGUGUAAAGCUUGCAACUAAACACUGCUUCAUCUAACUCUAAUUCGUAGGUGAGCAUAUGGUGCUGUAAAUCGGUCUGUAACGCCCAAAGGAUAAUAAUACAAAGUAUCUGUAUAUGACACCUUACUAUUUAGUAGAGCUUACA